AUGAAGAAUUCCACCGAUCUUCUCAACUCUGAAGUCACAACUAGCUCGACGGCUCAUCCAGAUUGCAAGACAAAAUCUCUCAACGCUACUGUCAGCACCGCUAUGUCGAUGCCGCAGAGACUCAGAGUAGGCGUGGUCGGUGCGGGCGAAGUGACACAGGUGGUGCAUCUGCCAACGCUCAAGUUCUUGUCGGAUCAGUACACGGUGGUCGCCAUCUGCGACGUCUCGCGCGAGGCGGCACAACAUGUUGCCGCAAAGUGGGGCAUCUCCAACGUCUACGUAUCGAGCUCCGAGAUGGUGCAGAGGGACGACAUCGAUCUCGUGCUAGUGGCCAAUAGCGACGAAUACCAUGCCUCCUGUGCCAUCGAGGCGGCCAACGCGGCCAAGCAUGUCUUUAUCGAGAAGCCUAUGGCACUGACACGCCCCGAUGCUACAGCGAUUCAAGAGGCAGCCAAACGCAACCAACGAAAGAUCUUUGUUGGCUACAUGCGUCGCUAUGCUCCGGCCUUUGCGCUCUUCCAAAAGCUUCUCGCCGAGUCCGGGCCCAUCCGACACGCCAUCGUCAAGGACAUUAUCGGACCCAACUCGUUCUUUGUCUCCCAGUCAGGCACCAAUCCGAGGAAGUUUGGCGCCGACAUUUCCGACAGCGAUGGCAAGGACAAGGCUGCCCGCGCAAAAGCCAUCUUGGCAGAGGCAAUAGGAUCGAAAAAGGCGUCUGACGCACGACUCGCAUUCGUGUAUCGGCUGUUGGGAUCACUCGGAAGCCACGACCUCAGCUUCAUGCGCGAGGCACUCGGCGGCAAGCCGGACAAGUGCCUCUCUGCAUUCGCGAGCAGCGAUGGCAUGUUCAUCUCGGUUUCGUUCGAGUACUCCAAUCGCGGCGCCAACAAGGGCGACGACAAGUUCAACGUGCUCUACACCACGGGCAUCCACAAUGUGGGCGUGUUUGAGUCUUUCUUGGAGGUUUUCACCGACGACCGUGUCUUGCGCAUCGACAUCGACACGCCUUACGUCAAAGGGUUGCCCAUCAAUGUGACCGUCAAGGAGAACGACGAGAACGGCCACUACUCGGAACGCAUUAUUCGAAGCACCUACCAGGAUGCAUACACCACCGAAUUCUUGGAGCUUCACCAAGCGUUGACCUCGGGCAACGACCUGAAAACGACGCCACAGGAUGCCAUGGAGGAUCUACAUGUAUUUGAAAUGAUCAUGGCGCAUCUUAGCUGA